AUUUUUCCCGUCAUGCCAGGCCUCCUCGCACUCCCCCCCGAACUCCUCGAGGCAGCCUUCCUGCUACUGCCCCUGCGCGGGCUCAUGGCAGUGUCCGCCACCAGUCGUUUCUUCCACGCGUUCCUCUUGUCAUCGCCCGCGCUACAGUUCCGCUGGCACGCGCUCUGCUUCAAAGUGGGCGAGGAAUACGCACACGGCGUACCCUUUGCGGAGCGGCUGGCGAGGCUGGUUCAGCGGGAGCGGCGGUGGCUCAAUUUUCAACCGCUACACACUGCCACGCUCGACGCAAAGGGACUGGACCCUGGCGGCGCGUCGUUUGGGAUGACGACAGCAGGAGUGGUUCGCAUCCACGGGUGGCUCGGGGAAGCGCAAGAAGUGCGUUGGACAAGCACAAGGCUCGCAUCGGAGGUUGGCGCGGGGGAGCAGAAGCUUGACGGGCAAGGGUUGCUUGCUCACUGUUCAUCGGAGAGCGACGACUUGAUGGUCUUUCUUGAAUGUACGCCGGCAUCUUCGGGGAACCUCUCAAUGCGUGUCCGGUUUCUCCAGCUGUCGACAGGUCGUCCCCACCCUGCGGCCGCAGAGCCAACAUGUGAAUUCCUGGAGUACUUCCGGACAACCCCGCACUUUCACGACAGUGAACUCCCAACGGCGCUGGCAAUCGCAGGCAACGUGCUUGCGGCUAUAGUUCCUCAUGACGAGGAGGACUCUGAUAUCGAGCCGGCGUUGCUAUUCGUCUUUAACUGGAAGACGGGCGAUUACCUUAUGCGCCCUUACCGGUGCCCAAGCGCUACCGUGGCCUUCCUUAGCCCCGAUACACUUCUCGUCGCCCACCUCCCCUGGAACCGUCUCGACGCGCUGCGCAUCCCCGCGUCUGGCGGAAAUGCAACUCGCGUGGCCAGCUUCAUGCUCCCGGAGCUGAAGAGCGAAAUGGACAUGGGCGAGGAAGACUCGUUCGUGCUCUGUCCGACGAGUGACGGCGCCGACGGUCUGAUCCUGCUGACGUACCUCGUUGAUCAUGUGCCCGACCGCGCAUACCAGCCGACCGCGCUACUCCGCCGUGCAGCCCUGCUCGAACUUGUCGACAGUGCCGAAUCGAACGGCCCCGCACGUACCUUUUCCCCGCGCGACUGGCUCCCGCAGGCCGCAUGCUGGCUCGACUCAUGCCUCGAUGUGAUACGCCUCGCGGACUCGGGCCAGCGGGUGCCGGUUUACGCGAAUCACACAGUCGCGGUUCUCGACGCGAACCCGUGGACUGUGGAGCUCGUGCGCCGAGCAGCGGAGGCGGAAUCCGGGGACGCAGACGGAAACGGCCAGCCAAUGUGGCGCAGGCUCGGCAUCCGGCCCGGUGUGAUGGCGGACGGGACGCUGCGCACUGAGGGCGGGGCUUCGCUGCGGCUCGUGCGGCCCGGCGUGGGACCUGGGAAGAUCGAUGGGUUUCGCGCAUUUGUGGACCCGCCCGCGCAGUUGGAGCUGGGAUACGUCGUGAUCACCGCGCCGACCUUGGAGGUGUCUCCGUUCUUGCAUCUGAAUAGUGUGGCCGCGGUUGUUGGUGAUAUUUCGCAGUUGGACACUGCGCGGGUGCUGUACUUUGGCUGA